GAAGAGGACGAUUGGCACAACGGAGAGCAGAGGCCGUUGAUAAGGAAAGGGGGGUUGUUGGGUCCAAGUAGAGGCGGCUGGCUGCGGACGGCGGCGGGCGGAGACUCCGAGGAUUUUCUGCCGGCGGUGCUCCCGAGGUUCUAGCCAUGAAGGCGACGGUCAAGGGCCGGUACGAGGGCGACAAGGCGACGGCGGCCGCCACGAUGGCCGUCUCCGCCGCCGGGGACCUCCGCCUCCGGGCCUCCGCCACCGACGCCGCCUUCGCCUCCGGCCCUUCCCUCAACGGCCUCACCCUCACCCUCGAGAAGCCCGGCGCCUUCCUCGUCGACAUCAAGCCUCACAACCGAGACGUGCGUUUCCAGUUCAUGAACUCGGCGCUGGUGCUCGACAAGAAGGUCAGCCUCACAUACACCCACUCCACCUCCCUCGCCGCCACGCCCGCCGCUCCCCCCGCCGCCGGCGCUCCCGCGGCCCCCGCCAAGAGUGCCCCCAGCCGCACGGCGCUCGACUGCGCCGUGGCCUUCGACGCGGCCAACAAGGUAAGCGUCUCCCACACGCUCGGUGGGGCCGGGUGCCGCGUCAAGUACGCCUACGCGCACGGCGCCGGGCGCCUCACCACCAUGGAGCCCUGCUUCGACACCGCCAGCAACGCCUGGGAGUUCGCCGUCACCAGGAAGUUCGACGGUGGGGACGCCCUCAGGGGCACCUACCACGCCUCCACCAAGCAGCUCGGGCUCGAGUGGACCAGGAGCUCCCAGAUUGGUGGUUCCUUCAAGGUUGCAACAACGUUUGAUUUGUCUGAUCAAAGCAAAACGCCAAAGCUAAUAGCCGAGAGCACGUGGAAUUACGAGAUCUGAUGGCCUCUGCCUCCAAGCAGGCAGCUCCUGCUUAGAGAGCACCCUUGUCAUACCUUUUACUGUAUCUCAUAUACUGUCGAAUUAUUCUUUUAGGGUGCAUUGUUAUUCGAAGUCUGCUACCUGUGAUUGGCAUCAGCGAUGCUAUGGCAUUAAAAUGAGUUUGAACAUAAUGGAUUGCCCCCAGCAGCUAUUGCUGUAAUUGGCGUCUUUCAUUAUCUUGUUGGGAAA